AUGUCAACUGCUACAAAUAAUUCUCCUAUACCUGAACAAUCCUAUCCAUUAUCUAUAAGAAAUUCAUCACGACGAAUAACUGAAAAUUUUGAUAAUGAUACAGAUGUACGUGAUGCUUUUCUACAAUAUCUUAUUUUUAAACAACCUAAUAAUCAACAACAAGAACAACAAGGUUCUAGAAAAUUGAAUACAAAUUUUACUACAUCAAUUGGUUCAGUUGUUAAUCGAACACCAGCAAAUUUAUUUGAACUUAAACAACAACGUUUAUUAGCAGCUGCUGAUCGUAAAAAACGUAUUAUUGCACGAAUUGUUAGUAUUGUUGGACUUUUAAUUAUACUAUUAUGUGCAAUUAUUGUAACAUUAACACUUAGAAUGGCACCAAAAAUAGAUGAACUUGUACGUACAAAAGUUGGUACACAUCAAUUAAUGUAUAUUAUAACACGAAUGAAUACAUCAGUAACAACAACAUUAACAACAAUUCGUCAAGAUAAUUAUACUUUAAAUGAAUCUGUUACCGAAAAAUUGAUUUCUCGAACUCGAUAA